UCCUUUCUUCUUCUGUUGAUCUUCUUGCGCCCAAUUCUGAGCCUCUUGGAUCUCUUGCUUGCAGCGGAGGCGUUCAAUCCUUGGCGGCCCUCUGCCGAAACCCAACCUCGAUUUUGGGUAUCGCUGACUUUGGGGAUUUAGGGUCAGGGUUGGGCUUUAUCUUUUGAUGUUGGGUGGGUGGUUUGCCGGUCCCGUGGCGGCUGUUUCCUCCUCCGACAUGGAGAUGGACUCGCUUCCCAAUGGGAACAGCAACUCUGGCGAUACCUCUCCGGCGGCAGCCGUGCCGCCGCCACCCACGACGGGGAAGGCGAACCAGCUAGCGGAGUCGUUGAAGCUCGAGCAUCAGUUCGUCCGCGUCCCAUUUGAGCACCUGAAGAAGACGAUGCGGGCCAACCACCGCGUGGUUGAGAAGGAGAUGGGUGCAGUGAUAUCGGGAGUGGCGGAGGCAGCGGCUGGCGAGAUGUCGAAGGAGGAGGCUGUGCGACAUCUCACAUCCCUUGUUUUCCGGCUGCAGGGCCUCAAGCGGAAGCUGGAAGAGAGCAACAAAACCGAGCAGCUGCAAGCCCAAAGAUGUCGAACCCGGUUGGAUUACUUAGAUAGCUUAGAACUUGAAAAUCAGUAUGAGUGGAACAACACAAGGGUUAAACGAAUUUUGGUGGACUACAUGCUGCGUAUGUCGUAUUAUAACACUGCUGCACAAUUGGCAGAAAAAACUAAUCUACAGGAUCUUGUGGACAUAGACAUCUUUUUGGAGGCGAAGAAGGUGAUAGAUGCACUGCAAAAUAAGGAAGUUGGUCCUGCUUUAGCUUGGUGUGCUGAAAAUAAAUCUAAGCUGAAGAAAUCUAAGAGCAAAUUUGAAUUCCAACUGAGGCUUCAAGAGUUUAUAGAGCUUGUACGAGCUGAAAAGAAUAUGCGAGCAGUUAUGUAUUCUAGGAAGUACCUCUCCGCUUGGGGAGCCACUCACAUGAAGGAACUUCAACGCGUCAUGGCCACUCUGGCUUUCAAGAGUACUACUGAAUGUGCAACAUACAAGGUGUUGUUCGACCCAAAGCAAUGGGACUAUUUAGUUGAGCAGUUCAAGCAAGAGUUUUACAAGCUAUACGGCAUGACUCUGGAACCAUUGUUGAAUAUUUUCUUGCAGGCUGGCCUCUCAUCGCUUAAAACACCGUUUUGUUAUGAAGAAGACUGCACCAAGGAAGAUCCUCUAUCUCAAGAGACCUUCCGAAAGCUUGCACAGCCACUGCCUUUCUCAAAGCAGCAUCAUUCUAAGCUUGUUUGCUACAUCUCCAAAGAGCUAAUGGAUGCCGACAAUCCACCUCUUGUUCUACCGAAUGGAUAUGUUUAUAGUACAAAGGCUCUCGAAGAUAUGGCCAAGAAAAAUGGUGGCAGGAUUACAUGUCCAAGAACUAGUCUGGUUUAUAACUUUUCCGAACUUGCAAAGGUCUUCAUUUCAUAGCAUACAACGGCCCGUCAUGCAAGUUCUGCAUUGUUGCCUCUAGCAAUGUGUUUAUCUUCCCCAACCCCAUUGCCCUGUAAAGUUGGCUAUGUAAAUUAUGUAUUACAUGGUUCGAUGGCACCAGCUGAGAUCAAUCUCUACCCCACAGCAGAUGAUGCAGCAACUUGUAUUCCAAAAUUUAUGACUUUAAGAAAAUUACGAUAUCCUUCACUUCCUGCAUAUCAAACUUGCACUGCAUCUUAUUUUUUUGUUCAAUUCUUUUAAUUACUGGUGCUGGAAGAGAUUGGUUGUGCCACAUUCUGUUCUAUUUGAGCUUCAGUAUUACUCUGUUUUCAUUGUGUG